CACACAUUGGGGUCAAUCUACUUCCAGGCAGCGGACUGGUUUGUCUCCCGCACCUCCCGAAUACCGCACAUGAGCAGUCUGACGGACGCGAAGAGCCCUUUCCUACCUGUGCACCUUAAGCGUGCGUCAAAGAAACUCUGCCGCUUUCUUUGUCUAGUUGUUUCCUCCGCGAUUCUCUGCCCGGUGCUUUUGGAUUACGGAGACUAAGAAGCGGCGAGGGCGCGUAACUCUCAGAAUCAUGGAAUUAUGGAUAAAGUUGAUGUUGUUGUACAGCUGCUGCUUUGGAGCAAGUGCAGACUUUGAUGGCAGGUGGCCGCGGCAGAUGGCCUCAUCCAAUGGCCUGUGUCGAUACGGCGCCAGGGUGGACUGCUGCUGGGGAUGGACGCGCCGCUCCUGGGGUCACUGCCAGCCUCUCUUCGCCUUAACUCACAGAGUAGUCGGGAUAAGGUGCCAGCCCCAAGCUGUGUGCCAACCUGGCUGUAAGCAUGGAGACUGCGUUGGACCCAAUAAGUGCAAGUGUCACCCUGGCUUCACUGGCAAGACCUGCAAUCAAGAAGAAGAGCUGGACUAUUUAACCCCACCAAUGUGGGCCAGUCACCUCCCUAUCUUUCUUCCCAUGGACCAUCAGCCACCGAGAGUAGUGACGGAGGACCUGAAUGAGUGCGGGCUGAAGCCGAGGCCCUGUAAACACAGGUGCAUGAACACAUAUGGGAGUUACAAGUGCUACUGCCUAAACGGCUACAUGCUGAUGCCUGAUGGGACCUGUGGAAAUGCUCGCACUUGUGGCAUGGCCAACUGCCAGUACGGCUGUGAGGUGCUGAAAGGAGAGGUCCGAUGUCAGUGUCCGUCACCAGGGCUACAGCUGGCUCCGGAUGGAAGAACCUGUGUGGAUGUGGAUGAGUGUGCAGCCGGAAUAGCCGUGUGUCCCAGGUUCAGGAAAUGCAUCAACACCUUUGGUAGCUACAUCUGCAAGUGCCAUGAAGGGUUUGACCUGCAAUACAUCAAUGGGAAAUACCAAUGCAUAGAUGUGGAUGAGUGCUCUUCAGGUCAGAGCCACUGCAGCAGCUUUGCCACCUGCUACAACACGCCGGGCUCAUACAAGUGCAAAUGCAAAGACGGCUACAGGGGGAUGGGCCACGACUGCAAACCCAUUCCUAAGGUGGUUAUUGACCCCCCGAGACCAGGCAAACUGCCUCCAAAUCAUCACAACCACAUCCCUGACUUGGAUCAGAGGAGGACCACCACCACCAUCCGCCCACUAGUGACUUCAAAGAGAAUCCCUCCAGUUAUCCCCAAAUCAACAACUGCCACCACAACAACAACCCUGCCUCCAAGGAGGGCCACCCCACCUCCACACAAAACGCCAGUUCGCACCCAGAAGCCCCUCAUCCCCACCUGGGAGCCACGAGCAUCCACACGCAAGCCCUACAUCACACCAAGGCCAGGAAUUCCCACCAGACUCCCCCCAGUGCCACCACCAAUUACCCCUGUAGACAACGCCAUCCAAAAGGAGGUCACCAAACACAGAGGGGACGUGCCCAGCCAUCGGAACCAAGAUGGUAACAAUGUUUUCAGCAUGGACUUUGACAUUGUGCCCGGCAACACGGCAGAUGAAGCCAAAGACGACCCAGAGUCGGGGUAUCUGAGCUGCUCCUUUGAUGAUGGUCUUUGCGGCUGGAUCAGGGACAAAGACGGAGACUUGCACUGGGAGACGACGCCUGAUCCGUCAGGUGGACGAUAUCUCACUAUUCCUGAGGUAGGAAACAAGAGGACUGGACGAGGAGCCCGGCUGGUCCUCCCUCUCACCCCUCCCUGGAAUGACGGCAAUCUGUGCCUGUCGUUCAGGCACAAGCUAGCAGGCCAUCAUGUGGGCAUGCUGCAAGUGUUUGUGAAGAAGGGAAAGCAGUACAGUCCAGCGGUGUGGGGCCGCACAGGUGGAAAUGGCUGGAGGCACACCCAAAUCACAUUAUGGGGCACAGGCCUGGAAAGUGUGAUCCUGAAGGGGGAGCGUGGGCGAGGCAGGAGCGGAGAGAUGGCUGUCGAUGACAUCACCCUGAGGAAAGGCUCCUGCACAGAGGAGCACAAUCUGAGGAGACUCUGACUGACAGAGCAGAAAAAGGCAGAAAGAAAACAAGAGGGAAAAUCAUCUCAAAGAGAACUGACUCUGUUGUGACACCCCCUCACCCUGCCUGGGCUCUUGCUGAUCCCUCCUCCAACCCCCCCCCAGCCAUCCUGUGACCGAUAUCCGAAAAAUUGUGCGUCUGCACAACAGUGGGUUUCUCUUUCUCCACUGCCCAUGAAUAACAGGACUGAACCGAAUCUCUUGGGCGGAUUUCAGCAGCAUACUCGUGUCGUCUCAGCCUCCCUCUCACUCCCAUCACCUUGUUAGUCUGAAACCUGCAUGUACCUACUUACCAUGGAAAUGUCCUCCACCUUACACAGCCCUGGCAGCCUUCCAGCCACACCACUGAGAGGCCCAUGGUCUCUUCAUUUCUUCCUGGAGAGAGGAUCGUUCUCUCACUUAGGAGUCUGCUUUUUCCUCGCUUUGAUCCUUUAAACCAUAAGCCAUUGCUUUUUUUAUUUGCUUGAUGUUAAAACAUGUGGCCAGGGGUGCAUUUUGUAGCUGUUUUGAUCAGCAAAAUAUCAGAGUUGGUACACAUUUCUGUGAAGGUUAGAUAGAAAAGAAAAUAUGUAAAAGACAAAAUGCAUUUGACACAAUUUGGUUCUAAUCCGGAUUACUCCAAAUCUGAGUCAGAGUCAGUUUAGGUCUGCUUCUGUUGGUCUACUUUGAGUUUUUAGCAUUGUUACUGUUCUGUCGCACAAUUUUGACUCAAACAGCGCAGCUUUUCUUUUGUUGUCACAGUAUUUCAAAGAUCUGUUUGGUAGGAGAGAGUUUGAAAAUUAAGCACUUUUUCUACCCUGAUCUUUUAUUGAAGCCUCUUAAAGUUGUUUAAACACUCCAGAGUCAUGUUUUUCAGAUACUUGAAAAGUGUCAAACAGAAUCUGUGUAUGAUUUGUGAGUUGCAAAUCAACAGUUACUUUCUAUUAUACAGUACCUGCUUUGUUAUAUUAAGUGCAGUUUGUUAUAAAAACAACACCAACAACUUUUUAGGCUUUCACAAAUUGUAUUAUUGUAAAUGUAGUUGCGUGUACAUACUCAAAAUCUAUGAUCCCAUUUGUUGUGUGGUUUAUAUGUUCUGUUAAUUCAAACAUGAAUAUUAAUUGGAUUUUAAAAAUGGUUGAUAUUUCAACUUUUAAUCAAAGGACAUGUAUACAGAUUGAAACCUUGUGUAGUGCAAGGUAGUGUUUAAAGUGCACAAAAUGUUUAUGUUCAUGUGCUAUGGUAUAAUGCUCUGUCUGUAACUUGCAAAGCACAUAGUUGCAUAUUGUAUGCUGUGACAAUGAAGGGCAUCGGCUGGAAUUUAGAGGUUUUCUGUAUGCAUGGGUGCAUUCACCAAAUUCAGAUUUAUCCAGACCAGUAUGUAAAUAAAAUACAUUUGACUGA